AUGGCUUCAAAUAAUCAUCAUAGUUUUGGUGGUGACGGUGGCGGUGGUUUGUAUGAUGGUGUCGGAGGUUCAUCGGUAUGGCUGAAGAUGGUUGAUUCUGACUGUUUGGAUUCAAGUAACCAACAACAAAAUCUUAUCAUUUCUUCAUUUCUAGAUUACAGAUCUGGGAGUGAUCAAAAGGUAGAAAAAGAGGAGGAAGAUGAAGAUAAUGGUAAAGGAAGUGUAAAGCGCGUUGGUAUGAAUGGCUUCAUCCCUACAUUAAAAGAACCUUUUGAUCAAAUCCUGACUGUAUUUUUUUUGGAACCUUUACAGAUUGAAUGGACCAGAGAAGAAGAAGAGAAGCUGCUUCAUCUUGCUAAGCUCAUGCCCUCUCAAUGGAGAACAAUCGCUCCUAUUGUGGGACGCACUCCGUCACAGUGCCUCGAACAUUACGAGAAAUUUCUAGAUGAAAACUUUGAACCAAGAAAACUACAACCCGGAGAGAUCGACCCAAACCCAGAAUCAAAACCCACCCGACCCGACCCAGUUGACAUGAAUGAAAAUGAAAAUCAAAUGGUUUCAGAAGCACAGGCUCGUUUAUCCAACACCAAGGGAAAAAGGCCAAAAGGAAGGCCCGGGAAAAGCAGCUUACAGAAGCUAGACGCGUUGCUUGUUUGCAAAAGAGGAGAGAAUUGA